CAAUUCCACUGCAAAUUUCAAUAUUCCAACAGAACCAAAAAAAAAACCAUUAACAAACCAAAAAAAAAAACAUUUUCAAGAUUCUUAAAAAUUAGUUUUUUUUUUCUCUCAACUAUGGCGGCGGAAUCUGAUUACGCUUUUCUUGAGUCGAUAAGGCGACACUUACUAGGAGAAUCGGAGGCGCGACUCAGUGAGUCAGUGGCGAGUUCUCUUACGACCGGUCACGGUUUAAAACCGGUUUACGGAAGAAACCAGAGCUUCAGCAAGUUGUACCCUUGCUUCACCGAGAGCUGGGGAGAUUUGCCGUUGAAAGAAAACGAUUCAGAGGAUAUGUUAGUCUACGGAAUCCUCAACGACGCUUUUCACGGCGGUUGGGAACCGUCUUCUUCGUCUUCCGACGAAGAUCGGAGCUCUUUUCCGGCGGUUAAAACAGAGAGUUUCACGGAGGUGGAUUCUGUCCCGGCGAAGAAGACGAGUGUCACGAGUUCGGUUCCGGCGGCGGCGAAGGGAAAGCAUUACAGAGGAGUGAGACAGAGACCGUGGGGGAAAUUCGCGGCGGAGAUUAGGGAUCCGGCGAAGAAUGGAGCUAGGGUUUGGUUAGGGACGUUCGGGACGGCGGAGGACGCGGCGUUGGCUUACGACAGAGCCGCCUUCAGGAUGCGUGGUUCCCGCGCUUUGUUGAAUUUUCCGUUGAGGGUUAACUCAGGAGAACCCGACCCGGUUCGGAUCAAGUCCAAGAGAGGUUCUUGUUCGGAAAACGGAGCUCCGAAGCGGAGGAGAACGGUGGCUUCUGUAAACGCCGCCGGUCAAGGAACGGAUAUGGGAUUGAAUGUCAAGUGUGUGUGAGGUAGUUGAAGUGACACGCGGCGAUCAUUUGUUGGUUUUAUUGUUUUGAAUUUUCUUUGUUGAAUCAUUUUUUUCCCAAAAAGGGAGAAAAGAAACCGCAUAGUGGGAAAGGAAAAUGUUAACAAAACACGAAAAAAAUUCAUUUAUUCAAUAUUUAACUCUCCAAUCAUU